AAAAGCAAGCAGGAAAAACAUGGCGGCAGCAAUUGGUUGGUACGGGCCACUGAUUGAUCUCAGCAAAGCAUCUUCUUACAUUGGCGAUUACGUACAACUCCUUGUCUUCGUUCACAAAUCCACCCCGAUUCAGUAUAAAAUUGGGAGAAAUGGAGAGUUGGUGAGGAUGGAUAUUUUGGUGGGAGAUGAAACGAGGUCGUAUUUCCCAAUUACCAUUUGGCAGAAGCAAAUGGGUUCCCAAGUGUUAUCUGGUCAUGUGUUUCUGCUCCAAAAUCUUAAAAUUGCAAGAUUUGGAGAUUCAGUUGAGGCUAGAGCAUUACAUUGUUCAUCUUCGCAAUGUCUGGUUCGCCCCGAUGACUUCGUUUCAUCCAAAGGUUUAGAUGAACUGAUCAAUGAAUGUCGUGUGAGCAUAACAACGAGAGACAAGCUUCAGAAAGUGGUCGGAUGGCUGCUUCGAGCUAAACUUGCUCACUGUGGCAGUGUACUGAACUAUUAUGAACACAGGAAGCAACUAAGAGUAAAUUGGAAAUUGCACGAAGAGGUACAUUCCCAAGAUUGCUCAUCUCUAUCGGAAUUAUGCAAAUGUGAGAAUUCUUGUAAAGCGAAUUUUCAUGCUUCUGUGGGUGAAAUAUUUCUGCCGAUUACUUGGGUUAAUCUUCGAGAAAUGGAAGCUGAACGGAUGUUUAUUAGUAGGAGGCUAUUUACGCAAGGUGACGAUUGUUUGGUCGAUGAUUUCAUCACUACUGGCUGUCAGAUAUGUGGCAUUCCAGUAAAUUCAAGAAUUGGGUCGGAGGUGGAGCAAAAUACGAUUCCUUUAUACUGUGAAAGAAGCUCGAAUCGUCUCCAUGUAGUAGGCACCAUAUACAGACCUUUCUUGUUAUAUGUGUGGGAUGACUCGAAAUACCUUCCGAUUUUUGUCCCGAACAAGGCAGCUGAAAUUUUGUUCGGAAACAUCUCUGCUGACAAAGUCUAUUCUUCCUACAAACGCCAACGAUCUUGUCAAAUUGGUUCAUCAUUUGCUUCGAAAAUGAAAGGUAUAGAAUCAUCAAGAAACGGGAACCCAAAUUUCUACAUGAUUUGGUUGAUUUUAUUGAAAACAUUGUUUCAGCAUGAAAAGAACAGCCCUUUGAAAUUCAAAGUAACGGUUGAUACAGAUAAAGAUUGGGAAAACGGGAGAAUUGAGAUGGUAUCGGCCUCAAUCCCGAUCCCCUAAGCCUAGAUUUCGAAUGAUUUACGAAAUGAAUUCAUCAAUAAAUAUUAGUGUAUGCA